CAGCCCCUGCGGGUCCGGAAGUCAGCCGGCUUAGCCCCCAGCUCCGGAAGUCGGAGGCCGGCGGGUCCUGAAGCCUAGCGGUCUGGCCUUUCCCCGCGUCGGCGCCUGCAGAAAUUUGACUUGACUUCACAGGGAAUAUCUGAAAAGCUACCAGAACGGGGUCCCUGGAGCCCGCAUUUCGAGCGCAUUGCAGCGUGCAGGGCAGAAUUCUCCACGUGUGGAAGAGCAAUCCCCUUUGCUGACUCGUUCAUUAAACCAGUGCUCUGGACCCUCCUGACCCUCCGCUCCCUCCACUGGGUGCAGACUGUCCUUCUUGGCAGCUGUAGGAGACCGCAGAGCUGGCUUUUUCGGUCAGUGCCAGUACAGACUCAAACCAUGAUGAGACUUUCAGUUCCCUUUUUCAGAGGCCAGCACAGGGAAAUGAGGGUGUUCUGGUAGGUUCCGGUAGGGUGCCGGAAGUUUGAAGCCUGCUGGGGGCUAACGGUUUCCAAGAGACUGAGGUUUCCAGGUAGGAAGGGAGCAGGUGAUGAUCAAGUGCUUGUUGAUGCUUUUGUGAGUCGGAGCAGGGGACAAAGCCCCAGUGCAACCAUUACAACAGAGCAGAGAAGAAACUUCCUUACAGGUCUCUGGGGGAUUAAGUGAUUUGCCUGACCACAGAGGCUGCAGUCAGCACGGGCUGACUGGUUCCUGAGCCUGUGUGGGCCUUGCUAGUGGGCAGCCUGGCUUCCUGUUCUGGAGAAGAGCUUGGUUCUUGUCUGUUGGCAGUGGCUCGAGGGCUCCAGCUGUCUGUCUGCCCUUCCCCAGCCCCCCAGUCUCCUGUUGAAAGUUGUGGCAGCACGUUCCAGGGAUGUAUAUGCAGGUGGAGACACGCACCAGUUCCUGCCUCCAUCUGAAGAGGGCUCCAGGCAUCAGGUCCUGGUCCCUGCUGGUUGGAAUCUUGUCGAUUGGCCUGGCUGCUGCCUACUACAGUGGAGAUAGUCUGGGCUGGAAGCUCUUCUAUGUCACGGGCUGUCUAUUCGUGGCCGUGCAGAACCUGGAGGACUGGGAGGAAGCAACCUUCAAUAAGAGCACCGGGAAGGUCGUGCUGAAGACGUUCAGCUUGUAUAGGAAGCUGCUGACUCUCUGCAGAGCGGGCCAUGAUCAAGUGGUGGUCCUGCUCAGUGACAUCCGGGACGUGAACGUGGAGGAGGAGAAGGUCCGGUACUUCGGGAAGGGCUAUGUGGUGGUGCUUCGGUUUGCCACGGGCUUCUCCCACCCCCUCACGCAGAGUGCUGUCAUGGGCCACCGCAGUGACGUGGAAGCCAUCGCCAAGCUCAUCACUACUUUCCUGGAGCUGCACUGCCUUGAAAGUCCCAUGGAGCUGUCUCAGAGCAGUGACAGUGAGGUCGAUGGCCCUGGGGACCAGAGCUGACCUCCAUGGAACCCCUGCCUUGGUUCUGGUGGGGCCCCAGCAGGACUGAUGGGCCACCUACAAGUCCUCCUUCUCAGCUACCCGCUGUGUCCCUGGAAGCCCUGGGGCAGGACCCUCAGCCGUUCCUGCUGCUUGCUUCUGUCCUCUGAGCAAAACCACAGUGGGACCUUCUCUGCAGGCUCCGAGCGGUCCAGAGAGGGCACAGGCCUCAGAUCUGUCUCUUCCUGGAAUCAGCCCACUGGGACAGCGGCCUGGUGUGGACAGGUCAGACAUGCUAGCUGUGUGGGGCUCAAGGCCUCUGAAAUGGGAAGGAAGAACACCCAGGGUCCCAGGGUGUGAGGGCCAGGGCUGAGUUCUCUGGGUCGAGAGGUUCUCCAGAACCAGGUCCUGAGGGCUGCGGUGAGGCUCCAGCAGGGCCAGCGGCUGGGCGAGGCUCUGAGGAUGCUUCCGCCACACGUCAUCCCCAGGAAUCCCAUCUCCUGCCCUGCUCCCCAUGCCCAUCCCUCCCCGCAGCCGGAUGUCCUCAGUGGUCAGAAGUGAGGUGCUCGCCUGCGGAGCUGCCGGGGCUCAGGGUGGACGCUAAGGGGCACGCCUGGUUGGUGUGCUGCAGCCACUCCUGAGGCUUCCACAGCCCCCAGACCGCUGUCCACUCAGGUGGCUCAUCUCGAGUCCAACCGGGAUUGCAGCUGGGCUCUCACAGAGAGGAUAACCUCCCGCCCCUGCCCCCAGUGUAGGCAGAAGUUCCCUCUUCUAGCAUUGUGCAGCACUUAAAAACCUGGACCCAUCCCUCAGAACCCAGAUUCCCAGCUUCUCUUGAACUCUGGUGCUGGGCCUGUGUGUUUGGGGCCAGAAUCGCUGGGCUCAUGGCUGCCCCUCAGCAGCGCCUGAGCAGCUAGCUGCAGCCACCCUCGUGGAGUCUGGGUGCCAGCCACACUGACCCUCAACUGCACUAUUAGUUUUCUCCUGCUUUCUCUGAACCUAGGCUCCUCCAAGGUACAGCACGUGCCCAGAGCACCUCUGAGUGAGGGACCCAGGAGGCUGUGCACCUGGGAAUGGCUGCAUGGACCAGGGGUUCUGAGGCUGCCUGGGUGAGAGACAGCAACUUCCAGGAAACUCCAGAGAAAUGAGAUCCUCUCCCUUACCAGUGGUGGCCACCAGCCAGCCCUUAAUUUGGGCACACAGUCAUUUAAACAUGCCAAAGUUAAGUUUCUAAAUGAUUAAACCUGAAAUACUUUUUUCUUAAAAGGUGUGAAACAGCUAUGGUUGGUUUCUUGUGUGUUUGCCGCUGGGCUGGAGGAGGGAGGGUGUUUGGCCAGCUCCCCUCUCCCAGGGCUGGGUUGGGCGAGGAGGGUCUCCAGACCAUCGUGAGGGCCAGUAACUAAGUCUUUGAGAUUUCUGGCUUCCAUUCUCCUUUUUAUUUUGAAAGAAUUAAAGUUCUAAUGCUGAUCACUG